GUCUAGUCUAAAUAGAAAAUUCAAUUCUUAACUUAAUGGAAGAAUGUCAUAUUCCAAAAAACGUCAACGAAUUGAUAACCAGCAUGAAAACAGAGAAUCGCCAUCUGAUCUGCAAUCUCAUUCUCAAAACAAAAGUAAAAAAGUAAUUCAUUCAAAGCAAGAUAGUGGAUUUGUUGAAGGUUCUAUCGUGUCCAUAAAAUUACAUAAAUUCUUGACGUAUGACUCAGUUGAAUUUAAAACUGGGCCCUAUUUGAAUAUAAUAAUUGGACCCAACGGUACAGGGAAGUCUGCUAUUGUGUGUGCUAUCUGUCUGGGCCUGGCAGGAAAAACUACAUGGUUGGGUCGAGCCAGUGAUGCCAAAGAUUUUAUCAAAUAUGGAUCUGAGAAGGCUAAAAUAGUUAUUGAAUUGUUUAAUCCCUAUGACGACAGCAAUUAUGUAAUUUCUAGAGAAAUCUACAGCAACAAACCAUCUCACUGGUGGAUCAAUGGGAGGACAACUACACAAAAAGCUGUUGAAGAAUGUGUAGCCAGUCUCAAAGUCCAAGUUGGAAAUCUUUGUCAGUUUUUACCUCAAGAAAAGGUUGCAGACUUUGCUCGAAUGACACAGCAAGAGUUGCUUGAAAACAUGGAGAAGGCUGUUGGUGUUGACAAUCUGUAUGAAAACCACCAGAAGUUGAAAGGUGCCAGGCAAGAGGCCAGGGUCCUGGAGCAAGAGGUUGAGAAGUUGGAGACAGAACUGAAUCAGGAGAAGCAGAAAAAUGCAAGAUUAGAAGAAGAUGUCAAAUCUUAUCAUGAUAGGCACACAUUUUUGAAGAAGGCUGAAGUUCUCAAAAUGAAGAAACCUUGGUUGGAAUACCAGUUGCUGAAAGAUCAGUAUGAGCGAGCUAAAACUGAAAAAGAUAAAAAACAUGAUGAGCUCAAGCAGGAAAGAAAAAUUAUCCAGCCUUUAGAAAAUAAAUGUGUGAAUUUAAAAAAACAAAAAGAAAUUUUAGAAAGAGUCACAAGAGAGUUGUCAACAACCAUAAGAUCUAAGGCAAAAGAGCUAGAAGCACAGAGUCAGGCAAUGAAUACUAAAACAGAAAAGAUAGCCGAGGUUAAAAAUGACUUUGAAGCAAAACUUAAAGAAGAAGAUGCUAGAAAGAAGAAACUCAGUGACCUUCAAGAGCAGCUUAAAGCCCUAGAACUUGGCCUAGCUAACAUGAAUGGAACAGAUGCUCAGUUGAUAGCUAAAGCUUUAGAAAACAUCUCAGAGCAAAUGAGGAAUGUCAAUGUGGAAAUAACAUCAGUGCACACUGAGGGGGAAGAAUUACAUAGAGAGAUAUCUCGUCUUAAGGCUGAUAUUCGGGAUACAGAAAAUCAAGUCCAUCACAUACAAGAUGUAAACAAUAGAAGACUGGAGAUACUACGUACCUUACAUUCAAAUACUUAUGAAGCUGUUAAGUGGCUCAGGGAAAACAAAUCACUUUUCAAGUCGACUAUUAAUGAGCCAAUGAUUUUAAGUCUGAAUGUGACCAGACCAGAGGAUGCCAAACUUGUUGAAUCUCACAUCUCCUUCAAUGACCUCAGAUCUUUUGUCUGUGAGGAUCCAGAUGACCUUGAUCUCUUCAUGCGAGAGGUCAAAAAUAAACUUAAGCUGCGUGUCAAUGCUGUCAAAGCCCCUUCACAGCCUGUUGAGUCUUUUAAGCCCCCUCAUCCUAUUGGACGUUACAGACAGUAUGGGUUUGAAAGGUAUAUGCAGAGCUUGUUUACCUGCCCUGACCCUGUGAUGAGGUACCUCUGUAUGAUGUACAGGGUCCACGCCAUACCUAUAGGCUCUAAUGCAAUAAAAGACAACAUUGAUCGCAUUUUAGCAGAGUGCCAAGAGCUGAGCAUAUUUUACACAUCAGAUGUUCAGUACUCCAUUAAAAAGUCUAGGUACACAGGUGAUGUAUCAUCAAGGAAUACAGCACUUAGGCGACCCAAAGCAUUAGCUGACUCCAUUAACACGGAAAGAGAACAGGAACUACUUAACCGUGUAAAGGAUCUGAUGAAGGAACAGAAAACCAAAGAAGAGCAGUACAAAAUUUUACAGAAGAAAUCUGAAGUGCUGGAGAUCCAGAUCAAUGACCUCAGGGAGCAAAAGAGAAACCAGCUGAAACAGAAAGAUCAAAGGAAAAAUGUAGAGAAUCAGAUAAUCACAAAAAAACAAAGGAUACAGCAGGUGAUGAGAGAAGAGGUCAACAUGCAGGCUGAAGAACAGAAGCUACAGACCCAGCUUAAGGCCAUUGUACACGACAAGUUCAAAUGUUUAGAAUUGAUGAAAAAUAUUUCUUUAGAUUGCAUUAAAAUAGCCAAAGAUAGAAUUAUAAAAAGCCUACAACUUGCUGAGCAUGUUCGUGAUUUCUCUAUUGUUGAAACAGAAUUUCAAAAUGCCAAGCAGAAAUUUGAAGGGCUUGAAAAAGAGGUGGUAGAGCUACAAGACCAUGUUGCAGACUUAAAACACCAGGCCAGGGAGAAACUGGUUGAUGCCAAGAGAAAAGCAGACAUUGGCAUGCAGGAUAACUUAGAAGAGAAGCUUACUGAGCGUGGUUUGUGGGAGGACUUCAAAAAUGCUCCCUCCAGACUGGACGAACUGGACAACGAGAUUCACAGCGUACAGGCAAGAGCUGAGGCCAUGUUUCAAGUUGAUGAAAAGGUGGUGCAAGAUUUUCGUAAAAGGGAAAAGGAAAUAGCAAAAUUAGAAAAGUUACUUCAUGAAACAGAGAGGAGACACCAAAGCCAUCAAAGUGAUAUAGCGGAAGUGAAGAGAAGAUGGCUGGAGCCUCUCAAUGAAUUGAUACAUAAAAUUAACAUAAAAUAUUGUUACUUUUUUUCAUGUUUAAAAUGUUGUGGGGAAGUGAGUCUCAGUAUUCCAGAAAAUACAGAUGAUUAUGAAAAGUAUGGAGUGUGCAUCAAAGUAAAGUUUCGAGAUGAUGAAAUUUUAAGAGAACUGAAUGCCCAUCAUCAGAGUGGUGGGGAGCGCAGUGUUUCAACUGUUUUGUUCAUGAUUGCACUUCAAGAGCUUACAAAAUGUCCCUUCAGAUGUGUUGAUGAAAUUAAUCAGGGUAUGGAUCCAAAGAAUGAAAGAAAAGUCUUUGAGCUGGUUGUCCAGACUGUUUGUAAAGCUAAUGCAUCACAGUAUUUUUUACUGACUCCUAAGUUACUUCCAGAUCUUGAAUAUGACAAAAAUGUCAGGGUUUUGUGUGUAUAUAAUGGACCACAAUUAAUGGAACAUAAAGAAUGGAACCUUAAAAAUUUUAUCAGGAGGAGAGCUGCUCUUGUUGUUAAUAAUAACACUAACUCUUAAUGAUAUCAGCUGUACAUUUAAAGGGGUUGUAUAUAUAAACAUUUUUUUAUCCUAAAACAUAAAAUAUAUGUACUUAAAUGUAAUUACAAUUAAUAAUGUAAACAAAUUUAUUUAAAAUGAUUUGAUAAACUCUUGCAAUAUGCACACAUUUUCUACAUGUUUUAAAUAUUUCUUAUUUUAAGCAAGCAUAAUUUUUUUUACUGAGGUGAAAUUGUCAAAUUUGUUUUUAAUUCUAUUUAAGGGUCAAGUCAACAAUAUUUCAGCUAAAUUAAAUGUAUAUAUAUUGAAUUUGUAAGUAAUGUCAUAAAGUAUCAUUUUAUUACUAUGUCUGAAAAAUUCCUUAAAAGGAUAGCAUUUAUGUAUUAUAUAUGAUGUUAUGAAAAACAGUUAAGAGCUGCAGCGAUUUAUAGCUUUUACCAACCUUGUUGACGGAUAAAACUUUGUGUUCAAUUUUUUUUUUGGAUUUUAAUUUGAAUCGGAAACUGGAAUGAUUUUUUUUAAACUGGCUGGUUUGACAAUUAGCUAUCUUUGUGUAAACAAAGUUUGAUGUCUGUGUGUAAAUGAAAUGUUGGUAGAAAAAGUUUUAUAACAAUAACAGUCUGAUGUCUGUAUGUAUUUGAAAUGUUGAUAGAAAAUGUUUUAUAACAGACUGAUGCCUGUGUGUAUUUGAAAUGUUGGUAGAAAAUGUUUUAUAACAGACUGAUGUCUGUGUGUAUUUGAAAUGUUGGUAGAAAAAGUUUUAUAACAAUAACAGUCUGAUGUCUGUAUGUAUUUGAAAUGUUGAUAGAAAAUGUUUUAUAACAGACUGAUGUCUGUGUGUAUUUGAAAUGUUGGUAGAAAGUGUUUUAUAACAGACUGAUGUCUGUGUGUAAAUGAAAUGUUGGUAGAAAAAGUUUUAUUGUUCUAUUUUUUUCUAGUAAACAUAAUGUUAAAAUUCAUAAUUAAAAAUAAUUAAACUAUAA